UACUGCAUCUGUGGCUGCCGUGAAGGGACAAACCAAGAGGUCAGGCGGCACUUUUUUAAUAUAAACCUUGAAGAAAAAUGCUUAAUAGGCAUUGAACUGUCAAACGGAACGAACAGUGAGGGUAUAAUAUUCAAGAGCAGCUUUCCAUCCGUCCAACCAGUGAGCGUCCACCAUGUUGUCCCGGUUGAGAGCAACCUGGUCCUUGAGACCCUGCAUCUCUGUUUGCAGAUGGGCACACACGAAAGAGAAAGGAAAGCCCCUCAUGCUCAACCCUCGCACCAACAAAGGCAUGGCCUUCUCUCUACAGGAGCGACAGAUUUUAGGGAUCCAUGGCCUCUUACCUCCUAAAGUUGAAACCCAGGACACUCAGGCCAUGCGCUUCCAGAAUAACCUUAAGAAGAUGACAGAUCCUUUAGAGAAGUAUAUCUAUUUGAUGGGCAUCCAGGAAAGAAAUGAGAGGCUUUUCUACAGAGUGUUGAUGGGAGAUAUUGAGGAAUUAAUGCCAAUAGUGUACACUCCUACUGUAGGCCUAGCCUGCACACAGUAUGGGCACAUCUUCAGAAGACCCAAGGGCUUGUUCAUCUCAAUUCGGGACAGAGGACACAUUAGGUCCAUCCUGGACAACUGGCCUGAGACUGAUGUUGCAGCAGUCGUGGUGACUGAUGGAGAGCGUAUUUUAGGAUUAGGAGACCUGGGUGUUUAUGGAAUGGGAAUCCCUGUAGGAAAGCUCUGUCUCUACACCGCCUGUGCUGGCAUCCGACCUGAGAAAUGUCUGCCUGUGGUGAUAGAUGUUGGCACAGACAACGAGACUCUCCUCAAGGACCCGCUGUACAUGGGCCUGUACCAGAAGCGGGAUCGCUCACAAGCCUAUGACGAUCUGAUUGAUGAGUUCAUGGAGGCUGUGGUGGACAAAUACGGACAGGACACACUGAUCCAGUUUGAGGACUUUGGGAACCACAAUGCCUUCCGCUUCCUCAGGAAAUACAGGGAGAAGUACUGCACCUUCAAUGAUGAUAUCCAAGGCACUGCAUCUGUUGCCCUUGCUGGUUUGUUGGCAGCUCAGAAAGCUGUUGGUAAACCCAUCACUGAACACAGAGUGCUUUUCCUGGGAGCUGGAGAGGCUGCUCUUGGUAUUGCCAGUCUUAUUGUAAUGGCGAUGAUGGAGACGGGAAUGACCCAAGCUGAGGCCAGAAAGAAGAUCUGGAUGUACGAUAAAUACGGCUUAAUCGUUAAGGGCAGAGCACAAGAAAUAGACACAAACCAGGAGGCGUUUGCCCACGACAGUCCAGGAGAUGUACAGAGCUUCCUAGAUGCUGUCAACAACAUCAGACCCACAGCUAUAAUAGGUGUUGCAGGAGCUGGACGUCUGUUCACUCAUGAGGUCAUCAAGGCCAUGGGAACCCUGAACGAGCGACCAAUCAUCUUUGCCCUGAGUAAUCCAACCACUAAAGCAGAGUGCACGGCAGAGGACGCUUACACACUCACUGAUGGUAGAUGUCUUUUUGCCAGUGGUAGUCCAUUCGGCCCAGUGACUCUGAGCGAUGGCCGCGUCUUCACUCCUGGACAAGGGAACAAUGCUUACAUCUUCCCCGGUGUGGCCUUGGCUGUGAUCCUGAGCGGAGUGAGACACAUCAGUGACACAGUCUUCUUAGAGGCUGCAAAGACCCUCUCAGAGCACCUGACUGAAAAAGAUCUGGAAGAAGGCCGACUCUAUCCUCCUCUGUCCAAUAUCAGAGAGGUUUCUGUCCAGAUGGCUGUCAAGGUGGUGGAGUAUGUCUAUGCUAAAGGCAUGGCCUUCCGUUACCCUGAGCCUCUGGACAAGAACAGCUUUGUCCGUGCAACUGUGUGGAACACCGACUAUGACUCCUUCCUGCCCGACACCUAUGACUGGCCUGGUGUCAACUUCAGCCCCAAAAACUAAAUAGAAGUGUAACAGAUCCUCACUGUGCUCCAUUUCAAGAUGCCACUCCCCCAUUGUUUUCCACCUUACUCCCUAUCACAGGUCUUUUAAGAUGAUUUCUGUUGUCCCAGUGCAAGCAUCCUCCGAGGAAGUCAAAGCUUCCUGUUUUCUUAUUGAUGCAUUAGCACUAAAUCAGUCUUAAUAGAUCUGUGAAAGUGUAAAUUAGUGGAUUUGAAGGAGAAUGUUUGAAUGGAGAUGGCUAUUUUCACUCCAUAUCCAUCGCUCUGAUCACUCCUGCAGCACAUAUAAACUUGAACAGCAACUGGAGGGCCCCCUAAUGGUAGCAAAAAGGCAGUGUGAAAAUCUGGUUUCAUUGUUGAAACCUUGCAGUACAUUAUUAUCAUCUGUACUGUUUUUGAAUGAAGAUAAACAAAAUUAAUAUCAGAAACAGUAAAAACAUAAUUGACCAGUAGAAGUUCUAAGCAGUGGUUUUAUUCUUAAAAUAUAAACCAGCAUUUUGAUCACUUGGUACUGUAGAUAAAGCUCAGAUUAAACUAAAAACUGAACAGGAUACUGUUAAAUACCACUGCUUAGGGUUAAAAUGGUCUUAUGAAGACAGGUAAAUGAAAGACAUGGGGUGUUUUUUAUUAUUAUACCACAGAAUCUGUUACCGUUUUUUUAUGAAAAGCCAUGUUAUGCUCUUUUUCACCUACGUAAAAAUAAAGUCACCCCAGUGGUAAUGCAAUGAUGGCUGAGAACAGUUAGGUUAUACACUCCUGGAAUAUACCGCUAACUCCUGCUGUUAGCUUUUUUCCCUUAAAAAUGUAAAGACAUUGCUUUUUUCACAUUACGACGCCCUCUGGUUGCUUUACUGAUAACUCCAAAAGCUGGUUUAAGACUAACUUAUAGAUAUUAAAACUUUGCUUCAAUCUGUUUAUGUUAGUUAUCAGUAACAGUUUAUUAGAGCAGAGGGUGAAAGAACUUGGCCAUUUAGUUCAAACGGUGAGGGAAAUGCAAGAAACAUGUUAGUCAGGAGAGAAAUGGUAAGUUUUUGUGAAUGAAGGACCUUGAGAAAUUAUUUGAAUUUAUGAAGGGAAAUUAUAUUUAUAUUUAAGAAUGUUUGGGCAAACACUUUUCACUCCAGAGUGCUUUUAAACUUCGUGUUUAUUUUCCUGAAUUUAUUCUAUUUUAUGGGAUGUUUUGACAGUGUUGUAUAUUAACUUGAAACCAUGUCAUCAGCACUCCUUAAAUGAGCCCUCUGCCCAAGUAUGACAUGUAAAUGAAGAGUAAACUAUACCCUUGAAUAUCUACAGCAAAUAUGUGCAGCUUUAAAUGAUUUGAUAAACAGUAUUUUCUAUUGUAAAUCUGUUUUGUUUAAUGUACAUUUUCUUUUGUGGAAAGUGAGACUGUCUGCUGAAAGAAUAUUUAUAAAGUUAAGUGCAUCCAUGAUUGUGUGUAUAUGUGUAUGUGUGCUGGCCAGUGUUCCUCUACUGUAGUUAUCUACUCUGUGUUGAACAGUUAUAGUAGAGGAACAGUCCCAUAACUCAAACACAAGAGUGUAGAAAAGCUUUGCUACACCUGCUUUGCAAAUACUUGGAAAUGGAAAUUUAGGCAAGGCAGGUUUGUUUGUAAGGUUCCCUUUAGAAGUCCACUGCUGCGCAUAACACAAACAUGGCCUCUAGAGCAAGAAGUGAAUAAAUAAAAUACUAGUAGAUACAUGAAAAGCGCACUUUAAGUCAGGACACAAACUGUUUUAGCAGUAAGAAACUUGUAUUGAGAGGUAAUGACAAAAGCCUUGGUGGAUUGGACAAAAAGCGUCCGAAAUCUUUAAGGGAACCCUGCAUGUAAAGAUUAUUAACAUUUAUGUAUUUUACUUGUGUGGUGUUUAAAGACACAUCAUGGACUUCUGUAUUUUGGAGGACACUUUUAAAAUAGACUCACAUGGGCGCCAGUUUAGCUUGGUUGGUAGAGCAGGGGCUGAUGUAAAAAUGCUCCAGUCCUUGACACGCUGGUCGCAAGAUUUAACUCCAGUCCUGGCCCUGUUUGACGCAUGUCCUCCCCCACUCUCUAAUCCCACAUUUCAUGUCUUUCUUAGGCUAUUCUAUUAGCUAAAGGCAAAAUGCUCAAAAAUGAAUCUUAAAGAUUUGCAUGCAAGCUGCCAUUGUUUUGCAAUGCACUUGUUUUACAGUAACUUAUUCCUUGUUUGCUUUACUAAAACUCUAAAGUUUACAUUAAAGUGAUGCUACAGAUGACACUCCACAAGAAAAAAAAACGUAGAGAUAUAAGGCAUCAAGACAUUUAUUUGUUUUUGAAAAAUUCUACAAAAUGUAGAAAUCUAUCCUGUUUCUUUAUUGGCAUACAUGUACAAGACAUAAAUGUUUGUCCAGCAAAGAAAUAUGUCUCAGAAUGCAGGGUUUCCUUUAAAGAUUUGCCUUUUGAUAGCCCUUUUUACACAUGCAACCCUGACAUCUGAUAACUUAGGGGUUAUGUAUCCAGAAAAUUUCCUGACUUGCACACAGCAAGAAGUUGUCCUGCAGUGUUCCGGUCAGGCAGUGGAGGAUGGGGUUUGGGGCAAGUCUAGGAGACUAAUGGGGAAAAUUCAGGGGGAUAUCUGGUAAAAAGUUCUGCCCUAUUUGUACAGAACCAGUGCAUAUAGGGCAUAAAAACAUCCCUCAGAACAAUUGAUCAAGUAUACAGUAUGUUGUGAUGUGAUUUUGCAGAUGGCCACAUUGGUAAAAGUAAGAUGAGGGUCUUUUGUGAUUAUUUAAAAUGUGUUGUAAAAGCUGGUACAUACAGGACAUCCACAGUCCAUGAAAGUAGCCAAUAACGCCCUUUCAUGAAACACAUCAGCAGCAUGACACGCUAGUUUUAAUGCCAGGCCACUGUGUUAAUUUGUAACUUAAGGAUAUUCUAGCCACAUUGAAGUGCCUGCUCAGUGUUCACUUUCUAUUCAUACCCACCUCAUGAUGCAGACCUCACAGCAGCACUGUCUUUGUACUAAAUGAUGUUACUGUUUUAUUCAGUGUGCAGCUGUGUAGACCAUGUAGCUUAAAGUUGUGAACACACUGUGUGUUGUUUAAUGCCGGGUUAAUUUCGCACAUUUUUAAUUCUUUAUUUAAAAGAAAAAAAUUUAUCCACAGUCAAAUUUGGCUACUGUACCUGUCUGGUUAUUAUUGUUGUUUACUGUAACCAUCCCGUAUGUGGUUUACUUUGAGUCUUGUCUCCAUAAAUAACAUGUUAUGCAGCUUCUUUUAAGUGUGCAUUUAUGUAGUUUUGUGUCCAGUCUUGGUGUAUGUUAUAUAUUUUUGUAGCAUCUUAAUAUUGCCUUAGCAUUUGUACUCAAAAACAACAUGUGCUGCUUCUUAAUUACUCUAUGCUAAUGAAGUGAAGAAUAAAAACUGUUUUA